ACCUUCUCUCUUCCUGCAGUUCAGCAAGAUGUCUGUGAAGGAAGGUGCGCAGCGCAAGUGGGCAGCGCUGAAGGAGAAGCUGGGGCCGCAGGAAUCAGACCCCACGGAGGCCAACCUGGAGAGCGCAGAGCCUGAGUUGUGCAUCCGGCUGCUGCAGAUGCCCUCCGUGGUCAACUACUCGGGCCUGCGGAAGCGCCUGGAGAGCAGCGAUGGUGGCUGGAUGGUGCAGUUCCUGGAGCAGAGCGGCCUGGACCUGCUGUUGGAGGCUCUGGCGCGGCUGUCAGGACGUGGUGUGGCCCGCAUUGCAGAUGCCCUGCUGCAGCUCACCUGCAUCAGCUGUGUGCGUGCGGUCAUGAACUCGAAGCAGGGCAUCGAAUACAUCCUCAGCAACCAGGGUUACGUGCGCCAGCUCUCCCAGGCCCUGGAUACAUCCAAUGUGAUGGUCAAGAAGCAAGUGUUUGAGCUGCUGGCUGCUCUGUGUAUCUAUUCACCUGAGGGUCACGCCCUGACACUAGAUGCCCUGGACCAUUACAAGACGGUGUGCAGCCAGCAGUACCGCUUCAGCGUCAUCAUGAAUGAGCUCUCAGACAGUGACAACGUGCCCUACGUGGUUACCCUACUCAGCGUGAUCAACGCCAUCAUUCUGGGUCCUGAGGAUCUCCGUACCCGUGCCCAGCUGCGGAGUGAAUUUAUCGGGCUACAGCUGCUGGUUACUCUGACCCGGCUACGGUGA